AUGGUAUCAAUGAUUGAAGAGGCUAAAGAGUUGGAAGAAAAGCCUGAAGUGGAAUCUUUGCCAUCUACAAAGGAAAUUACCAUUGGUGAAGAGCAGCUGAUAUCUAUUAUUGCAACUGAAAAGACAAUAGAUACCGAAGCCAUGGAGGCAGUUGUCUCCAUUAAAAAAGAUUCCUUGUCUGAUGAAGAAUUCUUUGAAGUUCUAUCAACUGAAGUAAAAGAAACAGAGUUUGAAGAAAUAAAGCCUGAGGAGACAAAGAUAGCUAUAACAGCUACAACAAAAACUCUUGUGGCUGAAGAUAUUACACCUGAAUUUAGAGAUACAGUCAAGAAGGUAUGUGAAGAAGCUGAAGUGCAACCUCAAUCUGAUGAAGUCUUAAUAUCAGAGAUGGAACAGAUAAUUACACCUAGCCACAAGGAAACUAUUCUUGCUGAUAGUGAAGAAACUGGCAAAGAAAUAUCUACAAUUACAUUGAAGUCUGAUCUAGAGAUAAAGCCAAAGGUUUCAGAUGAAAUUCCAAAAGAAUUAUCUACUAUUUCUAUAUUAACUGUAGCUUCUGAGGAUAGUGACAUCACAGCUGUUGAAAAAGUUACUGAUAUUAUUCCAACGAUUGAAGAAGAAGCUAAGGCUGAUGAAAUCAUAACUACUGAACCAUUAGAAAUUACUGUUAGUAGUAGUGCUACUAGUGUCACAAAGGAAGAAGUGGAUAAACUUACCGAAUCCACAACAUUAGAUGUGAUACCACAUGAAGAAAUGAAACCACAAUCAGAAGAAUUACAGAUUACAUUAACAAGUGCUGCUGUGGCUCCUACAGAAAAAACUAUAGUUGCAAUUAGUGAGGAAACCAAACCUGAGGAGAAAAUAUCAGUUGUUGCAGCUGAACCACAAAUUCCUCAAGUUUCUGAGUUUGUUCUCCCAGUGGUUGAACAAGCCAAGAUUACUUCAAAGAUAACCACAAGUAUAAAAGAAGGUGAAGCACCUGUGUCUGAUGAGAAAGUUAAAGAUAUUCCUUCACAAAUAACAAUCAAUAUUGAGUCUAAGGAAAUAAGUACUGAAAAACAGGAACCUUUGAUUGGUAAAGUAGAAGAGACUUUCAUUUAUGAAGAUGAAGAAAAAGAAUCUGGUGAUGAAGUAUUUGAUGUACCUGAAGAAAGUACAGAAAAGGUCACAUUGCAACAGAUUCAGUCAGGUGACCUUCAGAUUUCAGUCAAAUCUGAAAUGGUAUCAAUGAUUGAAGAGGCUAAAGAGUUGGAAGAAAAGCCUGAAGUGGAAUCUUUGCCAUCUACAAAGGAAAUUACCAUUGGUGAAGAGCAGCUGAUAUCUAUUAUUGCAACUGAAAAGACAAUAGAUACUGAAGCCAUGGAGGCAGUUGUCUCCAUUAAAAAAGAUUCCUUGUCUGAUGAAGAAUUCUUUGAAGUUCCAUCAACUGAAGUAAAAGAAACAGAGUUUGAAGAAAUAAAGCCUGAGGAGACAAAGAUAGCUAUAACAGCUACAACAAAGACUCUUCUGGCUGAAGAUAUUACACCUGAAAUUAAAGAUAUAGUAGAGAAGAUCUGUGAAGAAACUGAAGUGCAACCCCAAUCUGAUGAAGUCUUAAUAUCAGAAUCUAUAGUUGCUAUUCGACACAUCUUUGUUGAACCAAAAAAGAAACUUCCUGGGCCGAAGGAUGUUCAGUCAUUGAAAGAAGACAAUCUAGUUCUCAAAAGAGAAGACACAAGUUAUUUUGAAGCACAAUCAGAAAUUACUGAUGUUAUGAAACCAUCAUUUAUAAAGAAGCCAAGUUCAGAAAUACGAGCUGACAAGCAUACCAAUGCCAAGAUUGAAUAUACUGUUCUGGCAAAUCCAGAACCAACUUUCACUUGGUUCCAUGAUGGUUCCAGGAUUAAUCUUGAAGAAAAGCGUUAUCAUUUUGAUGUAAAUAAAGAAGCUCAAAUGUAUAAUCUCUGCUUGAAUAUUGAUGAUAUUGGUGUACAGGAUUCUGGCAGAUAUACAGUUGUGAUCAGUAAUAUUGCUGGCAAGGAUUCCUUUACUGUCAAACUUACCAUUGAUGAUGAAGACUACGAUGAUUUCAUUGACGCUUCUGAGCUGAUAGAUAUUUCUGAGAAGGAAUCUGCACUUGUUAUUGAGGUUAAAAAACCAGGUGAUAUGGCUCCAGUUUUUGAAAUCUUCCUCUUUAAUCAAACAGUGGAUGAAGCAGAAUCAGUUUCUUUUGUAUGUACUUACAAAGGACAGCCAUUACCUGAUAUUGAAUGGAGAUUUAAUGGCUCACCUAUUCAGGAUGGAGAAAUUUAUCAUAUAAUUCCUGAACAAGGAAAAUCUACUUUGAUGAUCCCGGAAGUAUAUCCUGAAGAUGCUGGAACAUAUACAGUAAAAGCAUUUAAUAAAUAUGGUGAAGCUCAAUCUUCUUGUGUUCUUGAUGUUAUUGAAUUUUCUGAUGAAGAGGAAGUUGUUGCUGCUGAAGCUGCUACAAAAAUUCAAGCUGCAUUUAGAGGAUUCAAGACUAGAAAAGAAAUGAAGAAAAUCACUACUGUAACUGCCACCCAAGAAACAGUGGAAUUAGUGCAGCCUGAAACAGUUGAAGAGCCAGCCCAAAAGAAGAUUAUGGAAAUUAUUUCUGAAGCUAAACCUGAAAUGAUAUCACAGAUACUAAAAGUCAGCAGAUUACUGGUAUUAGCAUACCAAGCAUGGUUAUUGAUAUUAAAUCAACUAAACUGGCAACAGUUAAAACAGAUGUUGUUCGAGAAGAUGUGCCUCACUUGA